AAAAUUUUAACAGCCUCAUAGAGCAUAACAGAAAACUGGUAGCCAUGGCAACUCGAAGCACCCUGUGAGCAAUCAAAACAAACGGUAACUUUUUUGAUUGUCAAAAAGUGAUUAGUUGAAAAGGUUCUUCAAAAAGUAAAAAGUUAAAUUUAUACAAAAUGGAGCGGCAACGACCUUCAUUGAAGAGAAAGCGCAUCAAGAGGAAACGCAAGACUCAAACGAGCCGCAUUUACCGCAGAACAGAGAGAGAGGUGCAAUCGUUACUUUCGCACUGCAGAAAUCACAUUGGUUUUCAAGCUUCGCAGGAUUUUGAAGCUCGAAGCCUGAAUUUUUUUCAUAGCAGCGGAAGAAUUGAAUGGGACUCAAGUGACAUUGAGAAUAGUAAGAGUGGGGAGGAGGAUUCAUUAGCUGGAGCUGGUUUCAUACAAAUAGAUCUAUCCGAUCCACCCUUGGUCAGUCCCCGGCUGUAUAGUCAACAUCAUAACCAGGACAAGAGUCAACAUUAUAAUCCAAGCGAUAAAUUACACUUGCCACUUCAGUUCAAUGACUGCGAGGUGCAACUGAAGCGUUCGCAGAUUCGCAUGCUGAAUCGUUACCAGGAGGAGGCCAAAACGAGAAGGGACAAUGGGAAACUAGUUACCGGAUUGAUAGCACAAUUCACACAGAAUGCAUUGGAAACGGGUCGCUUUAUCAUCGAUGCGACGCUUUAUCGAAGCAAUUGUGUGAAACGGUUCAAGAGCGUGUUCCUUGCACCUACUCCAGUGUCGGAGUUCCAAGGUCUGCCCACACGUCGCUGCCUGAGGCUGUGCCUCAAGCAACUGCGCUUCAGUGCACAUCCCCAGCUGCUGGAGGAGCAUCGUCUGUCGCAGCAGCUGCAGGAUAUCUAUGAUCUCUACAUACAGCAUGUCAACAACGAGAUUUGCAGCAAAUUGCGCCAGGAAUUGCAAAUGGCGCGUCACGUAGCCACCAGAUUACUCCAUGCCACUGACCAGCUGCAUCCGUCAUCACAACUGGCUGGACACAUCCAACGUCAGCUGCGAUUGACACAACAGCUGCGGACACGCUACUACGCCGAGUCUAGGGCACAGCGUAGUCUUCUCCAGCAACUGCUCACUCUGUGGGCCAAGUUGAAGGAGCUGCGCAAGCAGCAGCAGUUUCAAUGCACCCGCUUUCAGCUCAGUCUCCGGCUGAUUCAGCCAGCUGAUCUGGACGCUUCGUGCUCCGCUUGGAAGAAGCGUUUCGAGACGGAUCUGGCCGAAGUGUAUCGCGAGCACCUGGAGGUGUACUAUAGCCGACGACGCCUCUGGAGCAGCGAGCAACAAUCGAAGCCGCCACGAAAGCCUCGAUUUGAGGAUAUUAUGGAAAAACUGAAGGUGCAAUACGAACGAGCCUUCCAGGACCCUGAGGAACCCGAAGUGCAUGUGCUACAAGUGCCCGCCGAUGAAGCCACCCUCAAUCUCCAGUCCAACAACGAGCAGUUGCCCAAAGCACGCAACUACUAUAUGAAAAUCUACCUAGACAAUCAAUUUGUAGCCCAGACACGGAGCUAUCGUCUGGAACCGGAUCUGCAUAUGCACAUGAAUGAAAGUAUUGGUGUUUUGCUUGACAGAUCUCUGCCGGAACAGAUCAACAUUUGGCUAUAUGAGAAGUCGACGGUCACGUCACACAGUCGCCGAUUGGCGUUGAUAAGCGCUCCAUUGUCGGGAAAUAAAUUCGAGGCAGCGCAGCAGAAACUCGGUUUUGAGGUUGCGUCAUCAUCGGGAGCACUGCGUCCCAAGUUGGCGGGCGAUCUACACUUGCAAGUCGACUACCGCUGCACAGAUGGCGCCAGCAGUCGUGACGUGGAUGACAUACAAAAUCUACCGGAUGCAUUGUGUCAAGCGUUGCUGCCAAAGAAACUGGCAGCGUGGCCAACGAACUUGGAGGCAAAGCAAGUCACGCCCAGGCCACCGUGCCGUUCCAGACACAGAUCCAAGUCGUCAACUGGACAUGUGAAGCCGCUAAUCUUUGCCGAGCAUGAGCUGCAGCUGUGCAGCGUGGAGGAACUGUGGGAGAAUAGACGCUUCCAGCUGCUCCACUCGCGUCAUCAGCAACGCAAUCUGCACACGAAGCAGCUGCGCUUUGUGCCCGCCCUGGAGCAUGAAGUUGCCCAGCUGGAGGAGCCCAUUGACAGUGCCGGUCAAUUGCUGGACCCGGGCACAACAUGGGAUCCCAUUGAUCUGCACAAGCAUCGCGGACGCAAGUAUAUUCAGCUGCUCUACGAGACGAUCACCAGUCAGUGCGUGCAACGUGCCAAAUCCUUGCAAGCGACGCUGCCAAUGCUGCAGCUGCUCGGUGCGGAUGGUGUGGAACAGGCCACCGGUUGGACUGGACUGUGGCGUGCUCUGUGCUCCUUUUUGUUUCGCCAGCAGGCGGCACCACUGCGCGAUCCCACAUGGCAGCCGCAGCCACAGUCGCCGGAUGGAGCACAGCAGUUCAACAUCUCGUUGCAUGUGGUGCGCGCAACGGGAGUUCCGGUGCGUAGUCGCCACAUCCUCAACGUGGAGCGUCAGGGACGGAGACGCAGCAGCGCAGGCACAGGAACGAGCAGCGAUCUCAAUGCCAGUUUAUUUGUCACACAAACACUGAUGUACUCCAAUGUGCGUCCCUUUGUCACAUUGAGCUAUGGUCAGAGACUGUGCCGCAGCAGCACAGCCGAGGGUUCGAAUCCCACCUGGAAUGAGCAGUUGCAGCUGCAGCUCACGGGUCAUCCGUCUGAGCUGCGUGACGAUAUCAAGAUUAGUCUCUUUGACGAGCUUAUCGAACAGCAAUAUACGGACGAGGCUGCUGAUGUCUAUCAGCGGGUGCAGUGCAACUGGCUGGGAGAGUAUCGCAUACCCAUAAGUCGACUCUUGGCCAAUCGCAAGUUCGAGGGAUGCAUUGAGCUGUGCAUGCCCAAAGUGUUGGUGGGCUACAAGCGACCGCUAAUUGAAUCUGUGACAAACAUAUCCGUCGAUCAGUAUCCCGAGUUUAAGGAGAGCGUGCAUCUUUGGUUCUACCUGAGCAUCGAGCCCGGCUGUGAGCUGACGCCCCUUCAAGUUGGCGGCCUUGCCUGCGCCGAGCUGCCAGAGCUGCAGCAAUUCCUCGGCGAGCGACGCUUGGAGUUGCAACAGCUGCUGCCACAGCCGCAGCGCUAUGUGGAUCCGCUGAUCUGCACGUCGCAUGGCAAGCGCGUCUGCCUGACACGUCUGCUGGAGCCGGUGCCACUGCCACAUCCGCUUCCGCUUUCGAUGUCCAAUGAGAGUCAGGUGGAGAGUGUGUGUCGCUUCGUCUCGCUUCUGUGUCCCUUGCGCACUUAUAUGGAUGCCUGUCAGAGUUUUCAGGGUGUUUGGCUGGACAAUCAAACGAUGCUCGACUGCACCUGGUGCUCUGCCAAGGAUUUGGGUGUGCUUCUCUGCAACUAUAUGCUAUCGCUGGGCCUGGAAUGCUGGCUGCUCCUCGGCAUGGCCUGUCCCUACGGUGAAUGCACUUUCGUCAUCUUUCGAGAUCCGGAAACCGCCGAGCUGUUGCUGGUGGCACCUGCCACAGGCAAGCGUUACCAACUGCAGGAUAUUUUUUGCCCCCUGACGCGGGUCUUUUGCAUUGUGGGCACAGACAACAUAUAUUUCAACAUUCAGUCUGAGUCACGCGUCAGCAUGACGAAUUUCAACAUACUCGAUGGUGCUUGCUGGUUACCGUUGUUCAACAAGCGCCAAGCGGCGCCUCAAGGCGGAGUCCACAAGCUGGACUAUGUGUACAAGCUGAGCUACGAUCUCAACCAGCUGCAGAAGCACAUCGAGCGCAAGAUCAUGAAGAAGAUAAGUGCCUGGCGCACCACACGCAAGACCAUUUGGAAUCGUGCCUUUCAGACGCGUUUGUUGAGAAUUUUAAGCGAUAUGGAAAAGUUGGCCACAUUCCCGGGCAGCCGUUACGACGAGCCCGCCUACAGCGAGGAAUUGGAACGGGAGUAUCCCAACUAUAGACUGUACGGUUUCACAAUCAACUUUUCCUACACAAACCUGGCAGCCAUCUCGGAGCGUAUUCGCACCACUUGCAUUCACUACAACAACAAUUCCCUAGUCGAAUUUUGUGUGGCGGUGCAUAUCAAUGCCUAUGCCAACGACGUGCUCUCCGUCUGGGUGUUCCUCCUGUCCAUAGUACCACUGGUCGCCUGAUCGCAGCUAUGAAUCAAUACAA